AUUCAUGGCGAUUCUUUCUCUCUAGGAUUACGAUUACGAUUAUCCAUUCUAUUCAACACAUUUCACAUGCAUCUUCCUUUUGAUCAGCUUUUCUCUCUUCGGAUGACUUCUCUUUCUCAUUCUAGUACAGUUCUAGUUGUUUGUUUUAUAUGUAUCACUUUUCUAGGGCUUGUGUAUGCUGAUGAUGAUGUUGAUAAUGGUGGUUUGAUUUUAUUUCAUGGAGAUUACGCGCCUCCGUCUCCACCAACGCCGACGCCGCCUCCACAUCAUCUGUCAUUGACAUGCGAGCGGGAUUUAAAGGGAGUUGGAUCGCUUGAUAGUUUAUGUGAGUUAAGUAGUAGUUUGAAUUUUACAGAAAAUGUGUAUAUUGAAGGGAUUGGUAGCUUGUAUAUACUUGAGGGCGUGAAAUUGAGCUGUCCAAUUCAAGGAUGUGCAAUUUGGAUCCACGUCAAUGGUACGUUGAAAUUGGGCGUGAAUGCGGAGAUUAUAGCUGGAGCUGUGACCGUGAAAGCGGACAACGCUUGCUUUUCGGAUGGUUCAAUGAUUAACGCGACAGCGUUGGCUGGUGCAGCACCUGCUGAAGAGACUGGGACGCCGAUGGGGAUGCAAGGGGCUGGUGGAGGGCACGGUGGGAGAGGUGCUAGUUGUGUGGUGGAUGAUACCAAGCUUCCUGAGGAAGUAUGGGGAGGGGAUAUAUAUGCGUGGGACUCGUUGCAUCAGCCUUGUAGCUUUGGUAGCAAGGGUGGGACAACUAGUAAAGAGGAAGACUAUGGUGGGAAAGGAGGCGGCUUGAUUUCGCUUCAUGUCGAAGGUUAUAUUGAGAUAAAUGGGAGUGUUUUAGCUGAUGGGGGUAAUGGAGGAAUAAAAGGAGGUGGAGGAUCAGGGGGCAGCAUUUUUAUCAAAGCACUUAAAAUGACUGGUUGUGGUUAUAUAAGUGCUUCAGGGGGAAAUGGAUUUGCUGGCGGCGGCGGUGGGCGUGUUUCCAUUCAUGUAUUCAGCAGGCCUGAGGAUUUUGAUGUUUUGGUUCAUGGAGGAAUAAGCUAUGGGUGUCCUAGUAAUGCUGGUGCUGCUGGGACAUUUUAUGAUGCUGUUCCUAGGAGACUUAUUGUCAACAAUCAGAAUAUGUCCUCUGAUACUGAUACUGUAUUCUAUUCCUUUCCUUAUCAGCCACUUUGGACCAAUGUUUAUAUCCAAGAUCAUGCUAGAGCUGCAGUUCCUCUUUUCUGGAGCCGUGUUCAGGUUCAAGGACAACUUAGUUUGUCACGUGGCUCAGUUUUAAGCUUUGGGCUACCAUAUUACGCCUUGUCAGAGUUCGAGUUGUUAGCGGAAGAACUUUUAAUGAGUGAGUCAGUAAUCAAGGUAUAUGGGGCUAUGAGGAUGUCGGUAAAAAUUUAUUUAAUGUGGAAUUCACAGAUGCUUAUAGAUGGCGAUGGUGAUACAUUACUUGCUACAUCUUUUCUUGAAGCAAGCAAUUUAGUGGUUCUCAGGGAGUCAUCUGUCAUACGUUCUAAUGCAAAUUUGGGGCUUCAUGGACAAGGUUCUCUUAAUUUAUCUGGACCAGGAGAUCUGAUCGAAGCACAACGCCUGGUUUUAUCAUUAUUUUCUGGUAUCAGUGUUGGACCUGGAUCUGUUUUGAGAGCUCCCUUGAAGAAUGCAAACACUCAGACACCAAGGCUUUACUGUGAACUCCAAGGUUGUCCCAGAGAACUGAUUCAUCCGCCUAAAGACUGCAAUCUGAACUCUUCGCUGUCCUUCACUCUUCAGGUGUGUCGUGUUGAAGAUAUAAAUAUCGAAGGUUCUAUUGAUGGAUCUGUAGUCCAUUUCCAUUGGGUUCGAACCAUCUUUGUCCAAGAUUCUGGAGCAAUAAGUGCAUCUGGAUUGGGAUGCACUGGAGGAGUUGGCCGUGGAAGGCUUAUCAGUAAUGGCCUUGGUGGUGGUGGUGGGCAUGGAGGGAAAGGUGGCAGUGGAUACUUCAAUGGUAGCAUAAUCGAAGGCGGUGUCAUAUAUGGUAAUGCUAACUUGCCUUGUGAACUUGGUAGUGGAAGUGGAAACCACAGUCUUGCAGGUGCAAUGGCAGGUGGUGGUAUCAUAGUGAUGGGUUCAUUGGUGCAUCCUUUGUCCAGUCUAUCACUCAAGGGAUCACUUAGUGCUGAUGGAGAAAGUUUUGGGGAAGAUAUCAGGAAGUGGGAUGGUAUUGUAAGUCCAGAUUUUGGUCCCGGAGGUGGUUCUGGUGGGACAAUUCUCUUGUUUGUUCAUGCAAUAGCUCUUGUUGAGACCUCUAUAAUCUCUACUGCUGGAGGACAUGGUGGCUCCAAUGGCGGGGGAGGUGGUGGUGGUAGGAUUCACUUCCACUGGUCACAGAUCGCUACUGGGGAUGAAUAUCUGCCUGUGGCAAGUGUUAAUGGAACUAUGCAAGUCAGUGGAGGAUUGGGUAGAGGUCGUGGCCAAGUUGGGGGAAAUGGCACAAUCACUGGAAAAUCCUGCCCAAAGGGGCUUUAUGGGAUAUUUUGUCAGGAAUGCCCUGUUGGGACAUUUAAAAAUGUCAGUGGUUCGGAUAGAGCCCUUUGUCGUAGAUGUCCAAACCAGGAUCUUCCAAAUCGUGCAAUAUACAUUCCAGUUAGAGGUGGUGUUUCUGACCUUCCUUGCCCUUACAAAUGCAACUCCGAGAGAUAUCAGAUGCCUCACUGUCAUACAGCACUAGAGGAGUUAAUAUAUACAUUUGGGGGUCCAUGGCUAUUUGGACUUAUUCUUAUCGUCAUUCUCAUCCUGUCUGCUCUGAUUCUUAGCAUUGCUAGAGUGAAGUUUAUUAGUGUGGAAGAUAUUCCCAGUGUAGUUCCACCUCCACAUGGUCUUCAAAUAAACCGUUCAUUCCCUUUCCUAGAAUCCUUGAAUGAGGUAUUGGAAUCAAACAGAACUGAAGAAUCUCAGACUCACGUGCACAGGAUAUACUUUAUGGGCUCUAACACCUUCAGUGAACCAUGUCGUCUUCCUCAUUGUCCUCCCAAACAAAUUCUUGAAAUUGUAUAUGAGGACGCUUUCAACAGAUUCGUAGAUGAGAUCAAUAUACUAGCUUCUUACCAAUGGUGGGAAGGGACAAUAUACUGGAUCACUUCAUGUUUGGUAUAUCCUCUUGCAUGGUCAUGGUUACAGUGGCGCAGAAAAAAGAAAAUACAACUAUUGCGUGAAUUUGUUCGGUCAGAAUAUGAUCAUGCCUGUUUACGCUCUUGCCGCUCACGUGCUCUUUAUGAAGGAAUCAAGGUAGCUGCAUCUUCCGACCUUAUGCUUGUUUAUAUCGAUUUUUUCCUUGGUGGAGACGAGAAAAGGAAGGACCUUCCACCCGACCUAUGGCAAAGAUUUCCCAUGAUAUUGGCAUUUGGUGGUGAUGGAAGUUACAUGGCUCCAUUUUUCCUUCACAAUGACAACAUCCUUACUAGCUUGAUGAGUCAGUCUGUUCCUCCAACUAUUUGGUACCGGUUAGUGGCAGGUUUGAAUGCUCAACUGCGUUUAUCUUUCCGUGGACAUUUAAGGGUAAGCUUCGAACUUAUCGUAAGCUGGCUCGACAAAUUUGCCAAUCCUAAUCUUGAAAGUCUCAACAUUCGUAUUGAUUUGGCUGCUUUACAACCUACUGCAACUGGUUUUGGUCAGUUUGGUAUUGUUGUCCAUUCUACUUCUAAGGAUGAAAGUGAACAAUCAUCACUCAAUGACCAAAAAUCAUGUAAUGGGUUGAAGGUCGAUCAUUCUAGAAUUUUGCAUGGAAGAAAGAGUUUGCAAAUGCUCAAUAAAGAGAAGAAGAAGGGUGGGAUGUAUUAUCUCAUCUCUCUUGUGCUUCAUAAUACUAAACCCAUUGGCCAUCAGGAUCUAAUUGGUUUGGUUAUAUCAAUACUAGUGCUUGGAGACUUUAGCUUAGUUUUGCUAAUUAUACUUCAACUAUACUCAAUUUCAGUGAUGGAUUUGUUUCUAUUUUUAUGUAUACUACCUAUUGGAGUACUAUUUCCUUUCCCAGCGGGAAUCAGUGCUUUAUUUAGUCAGGGACCAAGAAGAUCGGCUGGUCUUGCUCGUAUAUAUGCUUUGUGGAAUACCAUGUCUUUGAUAAAUGCUGCAGUGGCUUUUCUAUGUGGAUACAAUCAUCAUCAAUUGUUAAGCAAAAUCCACUAUAGCGCUCGGCCGUGGAAUUUUACCAUGGAUGAAAGUGGAUGGUGGAUGCUACCAUGUGGACUUGCAUUGUGCAAAGUAAUUCAAGUAAAUCUUAUCAAUUUUCAUGUCGCCAAUUUAGAGAUAAGGGACACAACUUUGUACAGUAAAAACCCGCAAGUAUUUUGGCAGCAUCAGCAGCAAUAAUGUUGAACUUUUACUAAGCUGGAUUUUGCUCCUUCGUUCAUUGUAUAUAGAGAGAAUAAAUUUAAAUUGUAAAAAAAAAUGAUUACAAUCAUGGGAUAUGAUAUAUUGGGU